AAUCCUGUGGGACCUGAGUGUCUACUGCCCUGGCACAGGAGGAGUAAAGCACCGAGAAGAUGGAGCAGCUGGCGAGGAGGGCGAAAAGCAGGAACUGGAGGUGCCCAGGCAGUAAAGGGCAUCGUGUUUCCGGAAGGAGGGAGCUCAACCUGACUUGCUUCUGUAGGGGAGGGGAAAGAAAGGGUAAUUCCUGUUCUGCAGUUACUUUUGGAUAGAAGUAUGCCCUUUUUCCAGUAGAAGAUGGUAAUCUUGGAGAAUGACCAUGGAGAAGGGGAUGAGUUCUGGAGAAGGGCUGUCUCAGAUUUCAGCUGUUAAAGUAACAGCCAAAGACUUGGAAACAAAGCAGCCCCAGAAAGACAGACGAGGGGGCUUUGUGCUGGUGCAUGCAGGUGCAGGUUAUCAUUCUGAGUCCAAAGCCAAGGAAUAUAAACAUGUAUGCAAACGAGCUUGUCAGAAGGCAAUUGAAAAGCUACAAGCUGGUGCUCUUGCGACAGAUGCAGUGACUGCAGCUCUGGUGGAACUUGAGGAUUCUCCUUUUACAAAUGCAGGAAUGGGAUCUAAUCUAAAUCUCUUAGGUGAAAUUGAAUGUGAUGCCAGCAUAAUGGACGGGAAAUCCUUAAAUUUUGGAGCUGUUGGAGCAUUGAGUGGAAUCAAGAACCCAGUCUCGGUUGCAAACAGACUCUUGUGUGAAGGGCAGAAGGGCAAGCUCUCGGCUGGCAGAAUUCCUCCUUGCUUUUUAGUUGGAGAAGGAGCCUACAGAUGGGCAGUAGAUCAUGGAAUACCCUCUUGCCCUCCUAACAUCAUGACUACAAGCAGAGUGGAUAGUGAGAGAGAAACAGAGAGAAAGGUCUUCCUUUUUGCUGUUGGUUCACCCUCCAAUGGCUGCCGCGGCCGGCGCAUCGCGCUGAUCCGAAGGCAGGAGCAAGGAUUCAGUUUAGCUGCAUUUAAAAGAAACAAGAGGAAACUAGAGCUGGCAGAAAGGGUGGAAACAGAUUUCAUUCAGCUAAAGAAAAGAAGACAAUCAAGUGAAAAGGAAAAUGACUCAGGCACUUUGGACACGGUGGGCGCCGUGGUUGUGGACCAUGAAGGGAAUGUUGCUGCUGCUGUCUCCAGUGGAGGUUUGGCCCUGAAACAUCCAGGGAGAGUUGGCCAGGCUGCUCUUUAUGGAUGUGGCUGCUGGGCUGAAAAUACUGGAGCUCAUAAUCCCUACUCCACAGCUGUGAGUACCUCAGGAUGUGGAGAGCAUCUCGUGCGCACCAUACUGGCUAGAGAAUGUUCACAUGCUUUACAAGCUGAAGAUGCUCACCAAGCUCUGUUGGAGACUAUGCAAAACAAGUUUAUCAGUUCACCUUUCCUUGCCAGUGAAGACGGUGUGCUUGGUGGAGUGAUUGUUCUCCGAUCAUGCAGAUGUUCUGCAGAGGCUGACUCAUCCCAAAAUAAGCAGACACUUCUAGUGGAGUUUCUGUGGAGCCACACGACUGAGAGCAUGUGUGUUGGAUAUAUGUCAGCCCAGGAUGGGAAGGCCAAGACUCACAUUUCAAGACUCCCUCCCGGUGCAGUGGCAGGACAGUCGGUGGCCAUCGAAGGUGGGGUUUGCCGCCUGGAAAGCCCAGUGAACUGACCGCUCAGGCUGAGAAGGAAGCAACCGAAAGCCGUUUCAGAACCUGAGCUUUUGGGGGUUUUUAACUGAAGUUGGGUGUUUUAUCUUUGUUGUUUUAUAAUUCCGAUAGCAACCUCGUGUUCCACUCGAGACACAAGUGCUGCUGUAGUUCACGCUUAGUGACGCAUGGGCCUCUGGCAGGUGAGCGGGAAUGUGUGUGUGUGUGUGCAGCGCGUGUACUUGCUUCUCCCCUGAUGAAAUAGAAACUCCUCAUUGUGUAACCUAAGACCAGGAAUUAUCAAAUCGUCUUUACAAAAUAUGUGCUUUAACUGUUUACAAGUAAAAUCUGAAGUUGCAGAAAACUUUUUUAUUUUAUAAAGAGGUACCAACUGUCUUUGAUGUAAUGUGUCUAAAUUGAAGAGUAAACCUACUUGUUUAAAUGAUUUGACAGUGGUAGUGCUCCAUUUAAAAGCAGUAAUAAGUAAUAAGGUGUUUUUAUUUGUUAACCAGUUUAAGUGGAGCCAGUGGUAACUUAAACUGUUCUCAGCCCUCAUAUGGGGCAUUUUUCUUUAACAAAGAAUGGUUUCAGUGAAACAAUCUAGCAGAGAAUUAAGCUCAGAAUGUUUUUAAAUAAUAGUCUUAUUGAUAAAGUUUGUACUUCUUUCCUCAAGCUUUUCUAAGCUUAAAUAUUGCAUAGUUAUGAGUUAUAUGUACUAUAUUAUGAAUGAAUAUGUAAAGAGAACAUACAGUAAUGCACAGUCCUUAAUUUGUGUAUAAUGGAAUGCUGUUUACAAUGUAACACUGUAAAUAAGAAAGCAAAGUUUAUGAGAAAAUUCAAUAUUACCUUUGUUUCUUGUUUAAAUAUAUUUUUAAGAUAAAGGCACAAAAAUAAAAGAAGCAUAUU